GCAUACAGUGUAUUAAUUACACAAAUAUGUUUUUUCUUAAUUAGUUUUUCUAUCUAAAAAAACAAUCUAUAUAUAUAAGCUAGCAUGAUAGCAUCUCUACUUUUAUUACAUAAUAGUACAAGAAAACAAAACUCCAUAAUGAAUAAGGCAACAUUUCUACUGCUCCUCGUGGCGGCGGCGGCAGUGGCGGCGGCGCCGCCGGCCAAGAUCUCAUGCGGCGAGGUCACAACCACAUUGGCGCCGUGCUUCGAGUACGUGUUAGGCGGCGGCACGGUGCCGCUCAACUGCUGCGCGGGGGUUAAGUCGCUGUACAAGGCGGCGAGCACCACCGCCGACCGCCGCAACGUUUGCGUCUGCCUGAAAUCCGUCACCGGCUCCGCCUCUGCGGCCGCCGUCAGAAACGCCAAAAGCCUCCCCGGAAAAUGCGGCGUCUCCCUUCCAUACGAAAUCACGCCUGCAAUUGAUUGCACCAAGGUUAAAUAGAGACAAUGAACUAUAUCAGCUUCCUCUGCAGCAGCGAAUUAUAUACAUAUAUAUUUCUGCAGCUUGAUUAAUUUGUAUCUUUUUCUAUAUAUGAAAUGUUACUCUACUGUUGGUGAGGCUUGAAUUGGUAUAAUCAAAUUGUACUCGCUCAAUUUUCUGCUGAAAAGUCUAAUGAAAAGUUCUUGCAAUGGAAAUUAUGAUCAAA